UUUGCAUGUUGGACUUUGUAAAGACGAGAGAAAUCGAGACGCGGCAAAUAGAAGAGGAGAGAAAAAAAAACCUAAAAGCGUAAAAAAAAAAACUUUUUUUUCCUGUUCUUGAAAGCAAAAUCAGUAUGGUAACUCAAAGAUUGGAGAUCUGCAUCGAGCUGAUGAAGAUGGCCGUCGAUUUAAUCGCCGCCGUGGCUGAAGCCGUCGAUGGAGCCUUUUUCCGGCAGCAUCCGUCGUCUUCCUCCGCCGUGAGCGGUGGCCGGAAUAACUACUCCGCGGUCCCCGUCCCUCUAGUUGGAUUCCUCCCAUAAAUUUUCUCCCUCUUUUUCUUUUUUCUUAUCUAUCCCUUUUGUUCUUCGCCUUGAUUGCCACGUGGCGUUUUGGAGACAAGGCAUAGAAGAUCUCCCUUGUAAAAAAAAAAGAAAAAGAAAAGACAACCAAGUGCUAUGGAGUUGCUCGAGAAUAAACGCAUGGUUCGUUAAUUAGUCUUAAUUAUGAUUGUUGCUUUUUAUAUUGUAAUAAUAUUACAAAGUGAUUGAAUUGGUUUCUUCUAAAAUCAUUGGCAGAUUUUUUUUUUUUGUUUUGUUCCAUCGAAUUCUGUUUGGAUAUUUUUGCUGUUGUAGGAAAAGAUGAAUAAGGACCUAAGCAUAAAUAGGGAUCGGUAUUUUUGGGUUUAUGA